GCACGUUGUUGAUCAUAUUCAAAUGAGAGAUGACGAACAGUCUGGGUUCGCGCGUUGGAGAAGCUUCACGUACUUCUAAAAACUCUCUGAGAAUAGUGAAAAUUUUCAUUAAACCACGUGCCCUUGCCCAAAAACUUUUAUUUUUUUGUGACCUUGCCUUCUUGCUAUGCAUGGCAAAAUUCUCGAAGGAAGAGUGAUAUUCAGUUUGAGAUGAGAAACACGUGCAAGAAACCUCGAGCGUGGCUCGUAGGGAACAUUUGAACACAUUAACUUUCAGCAGUGCUCUCCAUCUCUGUGGCUUGGCCUACCACAUGAAAAUAAGUGAGAUUAUUUGUUUGGGCCCAUGCAGUUUGUGCAUCAGGUCUGCUUUGUUCACCAUGCUGUAACUAUUCUGGAUCCAAGGUGGCUGUGGAUCAAAUGUCCACCAUGAGCCACGUUUUCAACAUUUCCACGAGAUUGCACGGCGCUGCAGCGUUACCUUUCAGGAAGAACCACUUGGCCAAGAUUCCUUUUCUCUUCAAGAGAUGGGCGGGCACUUCCGUAUUCGACGCCGACAAAAUCUUUCACCACCAACGAGACAAGUCAUCUGUCACGCGAUUUCGGGCACGUUCACGUAGAAAAAAAUUCAAAUUUUUUUGGAGCCGGAUUUCAAGAACGGAAGAAUGGACUAUGCAGAUACAUCAAGACCGAAGUUAAUUUGCUGGUCAAAUAUUGAAACGAGAGACACGGCAAUCAAAGAAGAAAUACAAACGAUGGGAUUACACCACAAAAAAAAUCAAGAUAUGCCUAAAUAAACAGCAUCCCAUUCCAAAUGUUCCAACGUGAAAUCCCACAUGCGGCGUGGGGUUCAUCCAAAACAAGAGCAAGGCUGGAUCAGUGAACCGUUCCAAAGAAACAGCGGCUGUUCAUCAAGACGUUUCGACGAAUCGGGAGCUUCUCCGCCUAGCGGAUGCGUCCGCUUCUGGCUGAUUAUCGGGACCAAACGGUCUUGGAUGGAUUGUGACGCGGCCGCCAACCAACAACCACAAUGAACCAGCGGUUCCAGAUCAGACGGUUGUUUACGAUGCAGUGGCUCCUGAUGGCUCUCGCUUUUCUUCUAGUGGCUACCGCAUCCAAUCGCGAGCGAAGCGGCACGCAUCAGCAGUUCGUUCGCAAUAAUCAUCACCACAGACGGAACGGCAAUUCUACGUCGAGAAAUGCUGGCGGGAAACGAGCGGCCGUGCAAGUCACGUCACCGGUCCCCGACUCGUCGCCGUACCUCGCCAGCGACAACGCACCGCCAAAGACGAUCAUCUCCGUUCAGACGUCGCUCAACGGCAACAUCUUUAUGCAUUGCCCAGUGGACAUGACCGAGGACUUCCAGGUUUCUUGGGUGCGGCUACCCGACUGGCGAAUCGUUGCCUCCGGACGGAAUAUUUACAACAAGGACGAGCGGUUCCGAGUUUUGCAUGUCGAAGGCACCGACGAAUGGACGUUACAGAUCAAAUACGCUGCAUUGGUCGAUCAAGGCCUUUAUGAAUGCCAGGUAUCGACCGAAACGGGCAUCAUGAUUUAUUACUACAACGUCAGUGUCAUCGUGCCGGACACGUCAAUCAUCGGUGGCAGUGAAUAUCACGUCGACAUGGGCAGCGCUAUCCAGUUGACUUGCAUCAUCAGAAAUAUUCCUCAGGAGCCACAGUUUGUCUUUUGGUAUCAUAAUGACCGGAUGAUCAAUUACGACUCGAUUACUGACAGCAGCGGUUCCAAAACAGCGAUGGACGAUGCGAGUAGCAGUUCACCGUCCAGCAGCCGGACAAAAGCCAGGGCUCGUCCUCGAGUCGAGGUCGUCACUGAAAUAGAAAGCAAUUCAAUGACGAACGACGGCGAGCAACGUGAAGGUGCAGCAGAUCGAAGUGUCACUAGCCAGUUGACGAUACGUCACGUAACUGACGUGGAUUCUGGCAACUAUACCUGCGCUCCAUCCAACGCCGAACCGGCCAGCACCAUGGUCUACGUCUCUGAAGGAGAUGAUGCUGCUGCCGCUAUUCAAGUGAGUGUCGGAGAAACGACUAACGUCAGCGAUGUUGUUCCAGCUAAUUCAGCCGUUUCAGCGGCUUCGUCGCCCAUUUCCACGGCGUCUGCCGCCACGUCGUCCGUCACGUCGUCGCUUGCCGUUCUCGUUUUUUGCUGCCUGACGCUGGCCAAUUGUCACAUCGGCCGAAGAUGAUUCCCUUUCCUUCUUUACUUCCGGAACGAUGGAAACGAUGGAAAAUAAUACCGUACCAAAAAGUCACACACAAAAACAAAAACAAAUGAGAAGAAAAAUAUUCAAGAAACAGAUUGAAAUUUUUUUUUUAAAUUCCCUCGCGGGGUUGUUUUCCCGGGUGAUGGGAAAGAACAUAAAAAAAAAAAAUAAAUAACCUACCGGAGAAACAUACAAUUACAAUCAAGUGAUUCUAUUGUGUGUGUGGGUGUGUGUUGUGUGGAUUUUGAUCGUCCAUUCGAAUCGCAUUCUCGAGCUGUUUUGAAUGCCAAUCUCCUCCUCUAAUUGAUUUCAAAGAUAUAUUUAUAAACAAGUAUAUACAUAAUUAUUAAUGAUAAUGACAAGUAGCAUGGGGUUGCGAUUCCUCUGCUGACACAUGUACAAUCUGGUGUUGAUUGACCCAACAUUUCAAUUCAGUUGCAUGUCAAAACAAAAACACACUGCUAUCCCCUUUCGUUCUGAUUUUUCAUCAAUUGUGAAUCUCUUUUUGUUGUCCUCCACUAAUUGGGAUUCCAUUUAUGAUAUUUGUAUGUCUUCAUCUUUUUCAAAAGAUAGAUCCACAAAAAAUGUUGGUUGACUGAUUGGGGGAUGUGUGCAUUGUUUCAUGAAUCAGGUAACUUUAUUUUAUUUUAUUUUGUUUUAUAUCGUUGUGGUUUUUCUUUUUUGUUUUGUUUUGUUUUCACAAAAGAAAAAUGAAAAGAAACAAAAAAUGUAUUACUCGAGCCCAGAUCUAUUGUAGUAAAUGCAUGUCAUUUUGCUUAUCCAUCCUUAACGAUGGGUAGCUCAAAUAGUCUGCAACUAACUACUUUAGUACCUGAGGCAACUGCUAAAAAUUAAUAACCAGUGUUCAAAGAUGGCCGAAACACUGGCAUAUUGUAAAUUGACAAAUACUUUGUUUUCAUGACGUCGUUCAUUGUAAAGAAUGGACCGUCGUCUUUUUAACUACAUCCAAGGUGACUAUAUAUUCAAUUUGUUUCAGUUUUUCAAUAUUCACUGAUUGACAUGUGCUGAUUUAACAUACAAAACUAUAAGGAUUAUAAACAUAUAUAUUUUGCUUUUUCAAAUCUUUGAUUUCCAUGUAAACAGUUCACUACCCCUUCCCUGCUGUUUCCGAGACAUUUGUAAUUUCGACUUUUUUUUUCUCGUUUUUUAAUCACGUGUUCAUAUUUUCAUUCAUGCAUUUACGUUCAUUUUAUAUCAUUUAUUUACUUUAAUUUUUCUUUUGUUUCUUUUUUAAGUUUGCCCUAAAAAAAAAUGUGAAGCCCUGAUCACACGUCUCAACAGCGCGCAUAAUCUUCAUUAUCUGUGUAUCUGCUGCGUGAUGGUUGUCAAGUGCGGAGCAACAGCCAAUACAUUCUGACAUUCAAAAAGGA